UAUCUUAAACAUGGUUGCACUCGCUAUUUUACAUCUUCAAAAAGCGAAAAGAAUUUAUCUUCCCCCCAAAAAAGUUCGGCGCAUUCAAGUCAAGGUCCCCUUAAAGAUAACUUAUUAGACGACGUCGAAGACUUUAACAAUCUAGAUUUAGCGCUGGGUCGCAUUGGUCUAAACGAAGAGGAACGUACACAAGUUUAUGUCAUGGUCGCUGCUGUUCUUCAUUUAGGAAAUGUUGAGUUUGAAGAUGACCCAGAUGAUACUCGAGGGGGUUGCAGAGUUAAACAAUCGAAAGAAAAAUCGUUGAUAAUCGCCUCGAAAUUAUUAGGGAUCGAUCAUGUUGAAUUAAAACAAGCUUUAACAUCAAGAGUUAUGCAAAGUGCGAGAGGGGGACUUAAAGGAACUGUUAUUAUGGUACCUUUAAAAGUUUAUGAAGCAACAAAUGCAAGGGAUGCUUUAGCAAAAGCCGUUUAUAGUAAAUUAUUUGAUUACAUUGUGAUGAGAAUCAAUAAAAGUAUUCCUUUCCAAGCUUCUAGUUAUUAUAUUGGCGUUUUAGAUAUUGCAGGAUUUGAAUUCUUUACUGUAAAUAGUUUCGAACAAUUCUGCAUUAAUUAUUGUAACGAGAAACUGCAACAAUUUUUUAACGAAAUCAUCUUGAAAUACGAACAAGAAGUUUAUAAACGAGAAGGUUUGAAUGUUCCUGAAAUUAAAUACGCUGAUAAUCAAGAUUGUAUCGAUUUAAUCGAAAAUAAAUCAAACGGAAUCUUUACAAUACUUGAUGAAGAAUCAAAACUACCAAAGCCGCUUUACACGCAUUUUACGACCGAAUUGCACGCGAAAUGGCCAAAUCAUUUUAGAUUAGCUCUACCGAGAUCGUCGCGGUUAAAAGCACAUCGAAGUUUGCGUGAUGAUGAAGGUUUUUUAAUUCGGCACUUCGCAGGAGCUGUUUGUUAUCAAACGAAGCAGUUUAUCGAAAAAAAUAACGAUGCUUUACACGCCUCUUUGGAAGGGAUCAUUCAGGAUAGUUCAAAUAAAUUAAUCCAAUCUUUAUUUGCAAUGUCAAAUACGCAAAAGGGAAAAUUGAGUUUUAUUAGCGUUGGGAAUAAAUUUAAAACGCAAUUAGCCGAGUUAAUGGAAAAAUUGAGGCAAAAUGGAACGAAUUUUAUUAGGUGUGUUAAGCCGAAUACUAAAAUGAUCGAUAGGCAAUUUGAUGGCCCCCUAAGUUUGAUGCAAUUAAAAAGCUCUGGGAUGACGGUUGUUUUGGAACUGAUGGAGCAUGGUUAUCCGAGUAGGGCUCCUUUCAAUGAGCUCCAUACGAUGUAUCAAGAAUAUUUACCGAAAGAACUUAAAGGGUUAAAUCCGAGAGCUUUUUGCGAAGCGAUUAUUCACAGCCUUCGUUUAUACGAGAAAGAUUAUAAAUUUGGAAUCACCAAGGUGUUCUUUAGACCGGGAAAGUAUGCAGAGUUUGAUAAAAUUAUUAAAUCAGACCCUGAAAACUUACAAUGGAUGAUUGGAAACUUGAAACAAUUCUUGGUGAAAUCGCGCUGGUGGAAAGCGCAAUUCACAGUUUUAACAACAAUUAAAUUGAAGUAUAAAAUCCUUUAUCGAAGACAAGCCUUAAUAACAAUGCAAAAACACGUUCGAGGUUAUUUAGUGAAAAAGCGUUACGCGGCGAGAUUAAAAGUAUUCAGAAAAAUCAACGCGCUCAACCAAAAAAUGAUCGAAUUGGAAUCGAUCGCGUCCCAACUAAAAAAAGAAAAAGACGCAAGCAUAAAAGAAAUCAACAAUUUAAAACAAGACCUCCAAAACGCCUCGCAAACCAUCAAAAACAACGAUAAAAUCACCGUGAAAGACGUUGAAAACCUUUAUGUACAAGCAGUGAAUAAAGUUAACGCCCAAAUGGCGACUUUACACAAACGCGUUCAAGACCAAAAGAACGCCGAAGAGCAAGAACGCAUCCGUAAAUUACAAGAGGAAAUGGAACGUGAGCGAAAACGAAAAGAAGAGGAGGAACGAUUACGCAAAGAAGAGGAGGAAAAUCGGCGAAAAAAAGCCGAGAUGGAAACGCGCAGAAAAAAAGAAGAAGAAGAACGUCGCGUUCAAGAAGAAGCCGAAAGAAAAGCCGCGGAGGCUUUGAGAAUUCAACGAGAGAGAGAGGCCGAUGAAGAAAUGAAAUUGCAACAACAACUAGAACAAGAACGGCAAGAUCAUGAAUUAGCUUUGAGAUUGGCACAAGAAAGUAAUGGGCAACUCGAAGAGAGUCCCGUACCGAUUAGAAACGGAACCGUGGACACAACACGACAAUCCUACAAACUCAUCAGAUCGGAAGCCGUUCAAAACAAACAAGCGGAAUUAAGCAAGGGUAAAUACGAUUUAUCCAAGUGGAAAUAUUCCCAAUUAAGAGAUACGAUCAAUACAUCUUGUGAUAUUGAAUUAUUAGAGGCUUGUCGGCAUGAAUUUCAUCGUCGCUUAAAAGUCUAUCACGCAUGGAAAGCAAAGAAUCGUAAACGAACGACGAUGGAUGAAAACGAGAGGGCCCCACGUUCCGUGAUGGACGCAGCGGCUAAAACGCCAAAGAUCCAACAAAAACAAAACAUCCUAAAUAACGAUAACAGCCAAAGGUAUUUUCGUAUACCGUUUGUAAGACCCGCGACGAUUUCUUCGCCUCAAGAUCCGACUGGUAAACGAGGAUGGUGGUAUGCACACUUCGAUGGGCAAUACGUUGCGAGGCAAAUGGAAUUGCACGCGGAAAAGCAACCGGUUUUACUCGUUGCGGGAAAAGAUGAUAUGCAAAUGUGCGAGUUAUCCUUAGAUGAAACUGGGUUAACUCGCAAACGAGGAGCUGAAAUUCUUGAGAACGAAUUUAAUAGGGAAUGGGAGAAAAACGGUGGAGCACCCUAUUCCCGACCUGCGGAUAGAAAAACAAAUUAAAAGAAUUAUUUAAAAUAAAUAUUAGCCUAGGAGAUAAAUUUAUUUUUUUGGGGGGAAUUUAUUAAGUGUUAUCUUUUAAGCAAAUCUUAUUGCUUUUGCAGUAUUAAAAUAGGUAGUUACUAUGUUUAUUUUUUUUUGAAAAAUAAAAUAUUAAAAUUAAA